UGUUGGGUGCGGUUGGGGCUAGGAUGCCAUCUCCCAUUCACUGUGGAUCGAGAUCUGAACUAAACGCAACCCAAUUUUGGGUUUCUCUUCAAAGCCAGCUGGUCUGGCUUGAUUUUCUUUAGCCUUUUUUGACAUAUUAACAAUCUUUUUUUCUUUUUUUACAAAGACUGGCCCACAGCAGGUGCUGGAGGGUUGAGCUUCCUGGAGAAGAACGUUAUCGGACUGGAACGAAUGCCAGAGUCUUUGAAAUAAGAGGAACGAGCAAAGAGGAAAGACUGCGCUGAGGAUCGGAGCGAGAGAGGAAGGAAGACAAGUGUGUACAGUACUUUUGGAAUAGGAAGGAAUACCAGACCGAAAUAAUGGGGAGGAAAAAGAUUCAGAUUGCGCGGAUAAUGGACGAACGCAACAGACAGGUUACGUUUACAAAAAGGAAGUUUGGACUAAUGAAGAAGGCCUAUGAGCUGAGCGUUCUGUGCGACUGUGAGAUCGCCCUCAUCAUCUUCAACAGCACUAAUAAACUGUUCCAGUACGCCAGCACCGACAUGGACAAAGUUCUGCUUAAAUACACUGAGUACAAUGAACCCCAUGAGAGUCGGACUAAUUCGGACAUCGUGGAGACUCUGAGGAAGAAGGGUCUAAACGGCUGUGACAGUACUGAUAUUGAUGCUGAAGAUUCAGGCCACAGUCCAGAAUCUGAGGACAAAUAUCGUAAAAUCAACGAGGACAUUGACCUGAUGAUCAGCAGGCAGAGACUGUGUGCCAUCCCUCAGUCUAAUUAUGACAUGCCCGUCUCAAUCCCUGUGAGCAACCCCAACAGCCUGAUCUACAGCCACCCGGGAGCGUCUCUGGGCAACCCCAACAUGCUGCCACUGGCCCACCCCUCCCUCCAGAGGAACAACAUGUCCCCUGGAGUGACCCACCGGUCCCCGAGUGCAGGCAACACAGGUGGCCUUAUGGGUCCAGACCUCAGCAGCGGAGUGGGCACCAGCGCUGGUAAGAGUCAUGUAAAUCAUUUUAAUACCAGUGGAGACCUGUCCUCUCUGAGCGGUUUUAACAGCUCGGCUUCUCUUCAUCUGGGUUCGAUGACCGGCUGGCCGCAAAACAUGCAGCAUUCUGGUCUUGGACAUCUAGGGAACUGCACCAGCACGCCGUUAUGUCAGAGCUCCACCCUCUCACUGCCGUCCAAUCAGAGCCUGCACAUCAAGUCCGAACCCGUGUCUCCUCCCCGAGACCGGGCCCCGGGCGGCUACGCCCAGCCUCCACCCCAGCAGCAGCAGCCGGCGUCUCAGCAGGGUCAGCUGCGGCAGGACGCGGGCCGCUCUCCGGUCGACAGCCUGAGCAGCUGCGGCAGCUCGUACGAGGGCAGCGACCGCGAGGAGCACCGCGUCGACUUCCACUCGCCCAUGGGACUGCUGAGACCCUCUCCGGACGAGCGGCAGAGCCCGUCUGUCAAGCGCAUGCGUCUGUCCGAGGGCUGGGCCUCGUGAUCGCUAUGUCCGGUUUUUCUAUGCAAAGAUUUCACUUUAGUAUUAUUAUAUUUGUUUCUGCGGAGUGCGAGUGCUACAUCA